GUUCCCAGUCCCGGACCCGUUCCCGAAAGAGGUGGGUUAAUGCUAAACCCUACAUAACCCAUUUUGAAUUUCUGCUAAAGGUGCGGGGAAUGCAAUGCUCCAAAGUUGGCACUGUCCCUCUGAAUCUGAUCUACUAUGAAUCGUUUGAAGGCAAUUGUUGCUAACCUCAGAUUCCUCGACUCGCCAGUCACCACGAGACUCAUUGCAACUCGGUCUAUCCGAAUCACUCAGAACCAGGUGACUCAUUUCUCUCUUUACACUCCAUCUCCCUUUUUUGAUCAUUCUCACGAUUUUCCCUUUCCCAACCUCCAUCGGAAGCUCUACUUUUCUUCCAAAUCAAAUCCCAUUACCGAGCUUAUUUUGACGAGCCAUUGGUCCAAGGAGUUAGAGCACGAGUUAGAAAAAUGCUACCCAUCCCUGACCCAUGAAACUGUUGUUUACAUUUUAAAGCGGUUGGAAGCAUAUCCAGAAAAAGCAUGGCGCUUUUUUGAUUGGGUUAGUACCAAUAAAUGGUUUAGAGCAAGUUCUACAGUAUAUGGCUUAAUUCUUAGGAUCUUGGCCACUGAGGAGACGAUAAAACAAUUUUGGAUUAUUCUAUGGACUAUGAAGAGAAAAGGGUUUUAUUUUUAUGAAGAGAUGUAUUUUUCAAGUUUAGUCGCUUUUAAAAGGAAAAAGAUGGACAGGGAUUGCUCGUCUCUUACCCACUUCUAUAAUCGGAGUAUACGGGAAGAUGCAAUGCGUAGAGUUGUUGCCAAUGUUGUUGGCAUCAUUUCAGUGUCUAAAUGGGGUGAUGGUGUUAAUGGUGAACUUGCAAAGGUUAAAAUUCAGCUCUCCGAUAAUUUUGUAAUAAGGGUUUUGAGAGAGCUUCGAAACACUCCUUUAAAGGCUUACGAGUUCUUUCGUUGGGUUGGUAGACAAUCUGGUUAUGUGCAUAAUACAAUGACUUAUAAUGCACUUGCAAGAGUUCUGGCGAGGACAGAUUCAAUUGAGAAGUUUUGGAGUGUCAUUGAGGAGAUGAAGAGUGUGGGUCAUGAAUUGGAUAUUGAUACUUACUUAAAGAUAUCAAGGAUGCUUCAAAAGAAUAGGAUGAUGGAAGAUGCUGUCAAGCUUUAUGAGCUGAUGAUGGAUAGUUCAUAUAAGCCUUCUGUUAAGGAUUGCAACUUUCUUUUGAAAAGUAUCUCUGAAGGUGAUAAGCCAAAUUUGGAUUUAGUUUUCAGGUUUUCUAAGAAAUAUGAGUCAACAGAGCACGCUCUCUCCAAGGCAAUCUAUGAUGGGAUCCACAGGUCUUUGACAAAUUCUGGGAAGCUUGACGAAGCUGAGAAUAUUGUUAAUCGUAUGAGAAAUGCUGGUCAUGAACCUGAUAACAUCACAUAUGGCCAAGUGAUUGUUGGACUUUGUAAGAUGAGGAGGCUUGAAGAAGCAUGUAAAGUGCUGGAGGAAAUGGAAUCUUGUGGUUGCAUCCCUGAUAAUAAUACUUGGACCCUAUUGGUCCAAGGGCAUUGUGCUGCGAAUGAAGUAGACAGGGCCUUACUAUGUUUACAUAAGAUGAUUGCAAAGGGCUGCAAUCUUGAUGCUGCUGUUUUAGGUGUUCUGACAGACAGUUUUCUUGGUCAAAAGCGAAUAGAUGAUGCAUACAAGUUACUUGUAGAGGUUGCUACUAAACACGGUGCAUCUCCGUCACACAGUACAUAUAAGAAACUGAUUGUAAAUCUAUUGGAAAUUGGGAAAUUUGACGAGGCUCUUAACCUUCUUUGUUUGACUAGGAAACACAAAUACACACCAAUUAUUGAACCCUUUGUGCAGUAUAUUUCUAAUGUUGGGUCUGUUGAAGAUGCUGUAAAAUUCCUGAAGAGUAAGGGAAGUCCCCGGUCGUAUUUGAUCUACCUUCGUGUUUUUAAAUCUUUGCUUGGAAAAGGUAGACUUUCUGACGCCAACGAUCUAUUGAGCAAAAUACCCUCCUAUAUUAGUAAAAGCAAAGAAAUCCGUGAACUCUUCAAUUCAAUGGAGAAUUGCAAGGUGCACAGCCUCGGCGAUAUCAGCCAGUAACGUAAGCAUUUAAGGAGGCUUCUACUUGCUAUGUUCCUUUCUUUGUUCAUUUAACAGAGAUGGAUAUAUACAUGCUUGACAAUUUAUAGAAUGAAAACCUUUUGAGGUAGAAUCACUGUUUUAGCCUCCAAGAUUAGUUCAUUUUCUUACGUUCAAUUGAUAUUUUUUUACCAUGUAAUGUUUUAACUCUUUAGUUAUAUUCAAAUGUGUUUCGACUACGGCCUCCGAGUUGACUACAGAAUUUGGAAAAAGAAUAAUGAUCUUCUAAUGUAUAUUAAGCUCUUCAUUGUUGUAGUUGUUGUUUUGUUUAGAAGAUUUCCAUUGGCUAAUGCUAACUUUAGCUCAUUGUUCUUGUUAA